AUGUUAGGUGUGCAGAUCGUCACCGAUGGGCCAGAGGGCAAGGCUCUUCCAGCCCCUCCUUUGGAACGUCAAGGUCAACUAAUGAAGGGCUUGGUCGCUGGAGAUCAUUCGCUCUGUUCCUUCCUAUCUGCGAAGCUCAUGCGUCAACUGGGCGCAGAAGUGAUGCCCUGCCUGGUCGACGAGUGUCUUGCUGCGUGA